GCUUACUGUGCACACUGCUACAGUCCUUGGUUAGGUGCUCCAGUCCUUAAAGCUCAUAGAUACAAGCAACAUGCGAGCACUGCGCUUCAUUACACUGGUUGGGUUCAUUUCUCUCUCCGGAGCUCAAUCCCAGUUCCAGACACAGUUUCAGAACUUCCAGGCAGCUCCUAGAGGGGCCCCUGAAGGGGCUCUUAGGGGCAGUGGGGUCAAUGAAGGGGUUUCAAGGGGAAGGGAGGUUCAGGCCCCUAGAUCAGGGAAUAGCAGAACUAAUAUCCCUGAGAUAAACCAUCUCCUGGUCGGAGAAGAUCAAGGAGUAAGAUCGGAGAGGAGAGAAACUACAACUCCUGUUUCAAUCCUCAAACAAAUUAACGAGCACAAUGAGGAUGGUUCGUAUAGUUAUGGUUACGAAGCUGCUGACGGAACCUUUAAAUUAGAAACAAGGUUCGUAGAUGGAACUGUUCAGGGUAAAUAUGGAUAUGUAGACGAGAACGGAGAAGUCAAGAUUAUCGAAUACGGAGCAAAUGCCAUGGGAUUCCAGCCCCAGGGAGAUUUACCAGAAGGGAUUAUAAUCCCUCCCCCAGUGGCAGGAAACUGUACGGAUUGUGACUAUGAUUAUGAGUACCAGGAUAUACAGAACCCUGAUGUAGAGCAGGAUAGAAGCAACAGGGUUAUUCUAAACAGAUCUAGAGGAGACCUGGAGCAACAACCUCGUAUUCAGCAAGCUCCAAGUCAGAAUAGAGGACAGGAUUUGAACCAACCGAUCACGGAUCCUCCUCUCCCGAGACGUCCUGCUUCAGAACCUGGAUUUUCCCAGUCCUUCAACGCAUUCCCUGCAGCUCCUGCAUUCCAACCCAGUCGUCCUGAACAGGAAACAUUCUCAAGAGGUUCAAUCCGUCUUUCUCCGGUCUCACGUCCUGAUCCUGAAAUCCCGCAAGCUCGUCCUGCUCCUGAAAUCCCGCAAGCCCGUCCUGCUCCUGUUGUUUCCGAACCAGAGGAAUCGGAAAACUCAGAAUUUUCCAAUUUUCCCGCCAGAAAUAAUCCCGCCCGCGCCAGAUCUAACAGCAAACCUGCUCCUAGAUCUCAGAUAAAGGAGUUCUCCAGACCUUCAAGUAUACCUAGAGAACAGGUGUCCAGGGUUCCACCCCAACCUCAGGAUGACCGACAGAUAAAUAUAUUUAGACAACCAGCUCAGGUUCAGCAGGAACCAAUUCUUCCAGCUUUCUCGACUCCCUCAAACUUCAAUUCAUUCCCUCAGGUUCAGGCUGGAUCCAAUCUUCCUUCGAGACCCUCAACUGGUUCACGUUUUUCUCCGGUAACUCAGGAGGUACGCCAAGAAGUCCCAGAGUUACGUCAAAGAGUCCCAGAUGUACGUCAAGAAAUCCCGGAGGUUCUACCUAAAUCUGCUCUAGAAAUUGUAGAUUUUAACCAACUGGUUCAACAGUUUCAAGGAACUAGAUCUGGUCAGCAACAGCAGCAGCAGCAGCCACAGUUUCAAUCCUUCCAGGAUACUGGAGCACAACGGUUCAAUCCUUCUCAGGCCAGGUUCAGCACGGAGAAUUUCCCGGUCAGAUAUUAGUUGUUAAAUUUUAAACUAUGUAUAGAUAUUUAUUAAAUAAAAAAAAUGUUUUGCCACAUGAA